GCGAAUAGUAAUCUGCGAGUUACGGAGUGGAUAUGUUGGUGCAGGGUAUUCAAAAGAAGACGCAGCUCGCAGCGUCUUCUUAGCGACGGUAAUCGUCAUUGAUCCUCAAUUGUUGGCCUUAAGAUUGGAGGAAGGCGCUGUUCAGUACGGUUGUUGCGUUUUAUGAUGAAAAUUUUACAAUCUCCUGUUGUCCAGCAACUGAUACUACCCAGGCCACUGGUUGCUGCCGAUGUACCGGGUCCUGCCGGUCUGCUGGCGGAUGAUACAACCAAGAAACCGGCAGCCAUGCAGGAUAAGUCUUCGGACGAAGGAAAGAAGAUGGCAGAUGAGGAGGCACCGUUGAAGGAUGUGAACGAGCGACCCUUUAGGCCGUACCCGAUCGCAAGUAGCCGUGCACUGCCAGGCUGUCCACUGUGCGACGCAUCGGUGUACAGCUAUUGCGAUGAUAAGGUGUUCAACGAUGCAUGCUGCUGCGGUGACAUCAAUGGACCAUACGGUGGCGGCGGGUUCGGAGGACCAGGUGGCGGAUUCGGUGGUGGAUACGGCGGCGGAUUUGGUGGACCAGGCGGCGGAUUCGGGGGACCAGGUGGAGGAUUUGGUGGACCAGGUGGCGGAUUCGGGGGUCCGAUUGGAUUCGGAGGGGGCUUUGGACGAAGUUGCGGUUACCGAGGAUGCAGUCAGCUGUUUGCCAACUCGUGCUACGAGCAUCAACUGAUCGUUCAGUGCUGCUGUAACUCUCCGUACUAGUGUCCCAGAAGGGAACCCACAAAAUUAGUUCCCGAGGUGUU